AUGAACGGGAAUUGGAGGAUUGGUUUACAGUCGCACCUUGAUCUGAGUACGUUGACUUUGACGGAAGAGCAAGAUUCCUAUGACCAAACUUCUUCAAAUCCCACGAAGAGAGAGGGAAGUCAUCUUGAGGCUAGGCGCAAGAGGGACAACGGUGAAGUAAACAUUGCCGCGAAUAACGCAGUGGAAAAUAAAAGGCGUGGUAGUUCAACAUACCAGCCGAGCCCAGAUGAUCCGCACCCAGAACAAUCCCAGCCUUUUAGAAGGAAGUCAAGGUCGUCAACGUCAGGAUCAGGAAGUAGAGUCGGUUUCGUCGCAAAUGUGACCAUGAUCGAAAGUGGCAACAAGGUCAAGAGGGGUGUGAUUCACACUGAAGAUAACAAAAAGCCCAAGUCUAAAGGGGUGUUCAGAAGAAAAGAAGACGAAGAGUAUCGUGCAGCUAAAGAGGGCAGACCCAUAUAUCCAGGAGAAUGA